AUGGCCAAACUCAAAUUCAAGAGCACCAACAAUGAGGCAGAGUAUGAAGCAUUUAUAGCAAGACUCUCGGUGGCAGAGGCUUUGGGUGCUACUGAGGUAGAGGUGAAGGCAGACUCCAAAGUGGUCAUCAACCAAGUAUGGGGAGCGUAUGCCGUUAGAGGCGAUAGUUUGAAGAAAUACCUGAACCAGGUCUGGGAAGGUUGCGAUCGGUUCUCGCACUUUUAUAUCAUACAGAUACCUAGAGAGGACAAUUCAGUAGCCGACAGGCUAGCAAGAGCAGCAUCGGGAAUGGACGAGUCUAUCCUACCAUGGGAAGUGGAAAAUAAGGUGUUUGAGGUCUCGGGGAUAAGGAUCCCAAAGAGCAUCAUUCUAGUGAACGGAAAGCAGUUUGACUCAGAGCAUUAUCAGGCAUGGUGUGCAGAACUGAGAAUUCAGGUCAGGUACUCAUCCCCUAGACAUCCUCAAGUCAAUGGACAGAUGGAGGCCAUGAAUAAGGCCCUACUAGGAAUUCUAAAGAAAAAGCUCACUGACAGCGAGGCAGUGCCCCCUGUGGAGGCUGGCCUGCCCACCUACCUCACUCGCCACUUCGACCCCCUUGAAAACAACAAGGUACUAGAGAAGUACCUUGAUCUCUUGGAUGAAGAAAGGGAAGAAGUAGAGGUCCAGAAAAUUCUAAAUAAGAGAAGAGCAAAGUGCUGCUUCAACAAGGGGGUGAGACCCAAGGCUUUCAAGGCAGGCGACCUGGUGUUGAAGGAAGCGGGGGUCACUACAAAAGAGGAAGAAAAGAUGGGCAGUCAUUGGGAGGGACCUUACAUUGUAAUAGCCAGCCAAAGGCCUAGAUCUUAUUGUCGAAAAGCCGAACAGGGGAAAAAGCUACAUCAUCCUUGGAACGUAGAGCAUUUGAGGAAAUGUUCCCUUGAUCAUUUACUUUUGGUAGCAAAGGAUAAUAAUGAAUAA